UUUGAUGCACCUAAAUCAAAAGCCAGCAUGGCAGAUGACCCUGAAUUAGUUAAACUUACCACAGAUAUAGAAAUUGAGGACAUGCGAACUGCUGACAAGGACCCCAACAAAGAUGCAGAGAGCAAGGAUGAUGAUGAGGGAUGGGUGGAUGAAUUAUAUCUGUUGGAAGAGGAGGAGCACAAGCAACUGAUGGACAGUAUCUGUCCACUAAAACUCAUUUUAGCAAAGCUCCAGAAACUCACAUACAAAGUCAUCCAUUUGAUGACAAUCAUUCUGCCAGCAUGGAAGGCAGUCCUUGAGGACUUAGAUCUUCCUGUCAGAAUAAUCCCAUGUGACAUAUCCACAUGGUGGAAUUCAACUUAUGAUAUGCUUGAUUUUGUACUGACCUAUCAAGAGGGAAUUAAUGUGAUAACA